AUGAUGGGCCUAUUACUUUUGCCUGGCGAGGUACGCAACCUCAUCUACAAGUUCGUCCUUACCUCGAACAGCGGUCAGCUAUUCUGUAAAGAAAAGCGAUCACUGCAACCAACACCAAAUCGCCACAGUAGUACACACGAGACCGAACCCCUAGCAUCAUCAGACAAGAGGAUCGCGCUUUAUUACGAGCAUCUUCGCCCCGGUAGUCUCAAGCUCUACGAAGAUGAAUAUGGGAUAGUAGAAGCUAACCAGCUUCAAUAUGUAUGCCGCUCUCUGCGCAACGAAACCAAAGGCUUAGGCCUGAAGUAUAACAACAUCAUCUUCGUCCGACGCGAGGAGUGGGAGGCGGCUGCCUGCUACCAAUUUGCUCGCUUCUUGCAUCACUGCGGGCCGUAUUGGCGUUCUCGAAUGAGGCUCGUCACACUGAGAUCGGCGUCUCCAGACAUUCCUCCCGUACCAGAAGACCACGAAAUAGAGGAUUCGCGGACAGAAAGCGAAAGAGCAGCUGAGAAAGCUGCAGAUGACGCGUCGCUCGUCGAAUACUUGCGAUCCCCGCUAACCAGCUUCAACCAAAUCGCAAAGUUCUGCACCGACUAUCUGGAAACAAAAGUCGAGAACCAUUUGGACUUCGUGAAUGGAGAAACAUGGUCGAGCCUGUGGCAAAACGGUCUUCUAGCAUUAGCGCAUUGUCGACAUGGCAUCUCGCCUCGUCUGUAUGGGACGAAUACCGACUUGUACUACGAUGUCAUAGAACCGGGGCUCAGGGUUGCUAAAGAAGCAAAUCUGCUAUUAAGAAGACCUGAGAUUGGUUGA